GAUAUUUGGGGAACGGUUUGUGACGAUGAUUGGGAUAUCAAAGAUGCGAAUGUCGUUUGCCGACAAGUUGGAUGCCCGUUGGCCAACGCUGCACAAGAGGGUGGCAGUUUUGUGGCAGGCAGUGGGAAGAUCUGGAUGGACCAGGUUGCCUGCAAUGGUUCCGAAAUGUUCUUGUCGGCCUGUUCCUUCUCAGGAUGGGAGGUUCACGAUUGCACGCACGCCGAAGAUGUUGGCGUUACCUGUGAUGGAGAUGUGGCCGUGAGAUUGGUGGACGGAAGUAAAUGCUCUGGAAGAGUGGAAAUCCUCCACAAUGAUAUUUGGGGAACGGUUUGUGACGAUGAUUGGGAUAUCAAAGAUGCGAAUGUCGUUUGCCGACAAGUUGGAUGCCCGUCGGCCAACACUGCACCAGUGGGUGGCAGUUUUGUGGCAGGCAGUGGGAAGAUCUGGAUGGACCAGGUUGCCUGCAAUGGUUCCGAAAUGUUCUUGUCUGCCUGUUCCUUCUCCGGAUGGGAGGUUCACGAUUGCACGCACGCCGAAGAUGUUGGCGUUACCUGUGAUGGAGGUGUGGACGUGAGAUUGGUGGACGGAAGUAAAUGCUCUGGAAGAGUGGAAAUCCUCCACAAUGAUAUUUGGGGAACGGUUUGUGACGAUGAUUGGGAUAUCAAAGAUGCGAAUGUCGUUUGCCGACAAGUUGGAUGCCCGUCGGCCAACACUGCACAAGUGGGUGGCAGUUUUGUGGCAGGCAGUGGGAAGAUCUGGAUGGACCAGGUUGCCUGCAAUGGUUCCGAAAUGUUCUUGUCGGCCUGUUCCUUCUCAGGAUGGGAGGUUCACGAUUGCACGCACGCCGAAGAUGUUGGCGUUACCUGUGAUGGAGAGUUCGACGUAAGGCUCGCGGGAGGCAGCGAUCGUUGUUCGGGUAGAGUGGAGGUGAAGUACAAUGGACAGUGGGGGACGGUUUGUGAUGACGGCUGGGACGUUAGAGAUGCCGAGGUCAUCUGCCGUGAACUAAACUGCGGCCCCAGCGCCACGGCAUUCACGGGAGAGCAGUUUGGCGAGGGGAGCGGGAGCAUUUGGAUGGACAAUGUAUUUUGCCGUGGAAACGAAACAUCUCUUUCGCAAUGUUCCUUCCCUGGAUGGGAAAUAAACAACUGUGAUCAUACUGAAGAUGCGGGAGUCCAAUGCACUGAAGGCAAGUACGCUGUAAAACCAAAAGAAAUAAAUAGCAAGACAGACAAAGGAGAACCAGUAAAUGGUGUGUACCUAGACUUUCAGAAAGCUUUUAUUAAAGUGCCGCACACGAGGCUGCUAAGGAAGUUGAGAGCCCAUGGCAUCAACAGGCAGAUACAUGGAUAUCUUACUGUUUAUUCUUCAGAGUUCGACGUAAGGCUCGCGGGAGGCAGCGAUCGUUGUUCGGGUAGAGUGGAGGUGAAGUACAAUGGACAGUGGGGGACGGUUUGUGAUGACGGCUGGGACGUUAGAGAUGCCGAGGUCAUCUGCCGUGAACUAAACUGCGGCCCCAGCGCCACGGCAUUCACGGGAGAGCAGUUUGGCGAGGGGAGCGGGAGCAUUUGGAUGGACAAUGUAGUUUGCCGUGGAAACGAAACAUCUCUUUCGCAAUGUUCCUUCCCUGGAUGGGAAAUAAACAACUGUGAUCAUACUGAAGAUGCGGGAGUCCAAUGCACUGAAGGCAAGUACGCUGUAAAACCAAAAGAAAUAAAUAGCAGGACAGACAAAGGAGAACCAGUAAAUGGUGUUUACCUAGACUUUCAGAAAGCUUUUAUUAAAGUGCCGCACACGAGGCUGCUAGGGAGUCUUACUGUUUAUUCUUCAGAGUUCGACGUAAGGCUCGCGGGAGGCAGCGAUCGUUGUUCGGGUAGAGUGGAGGUGAAGUACAAUGGACAGUGGGGGACGGUUUGUGAUGACGGCUGGGACGUUAGAGAUGCCGAGGUCAUCUGCCGUGAACUAAACUGCGGCCCCAGCGCCACGGCAUUCACGGGAGAGCAGUUUGGCGAGGGGAGCGGGAGCAUUUGGAUGGACAAUGUAGUUUGCCGUGGAAACGAAACAUCUCUUUCGCAAUGUUCCUUCCCUGGAUGGGAAAUAAACAACUGUGAUCAUACUGAAGAUGCGGGAGUCCAAUGCACUGAAGGCAAGUACGCUGUAAAACCAAAAGAAAUAAAUAGCAGGACAGACAAAGGAGAACCAGUAAAUGGUGUUUACCUAGACUUUCAGAAAGCUUUUAUUAAAGUGCCGCACACGAGGCUGCUAGGGAGGUGAGAGCCCAGGGCAUCAACGGGCAGAUACAUGGAUAGCAGGUCAAAAGGGCUUGGCCAAAGGCAAACAGUGGCAAUAAAGGGACUUUUGCUGGUUGGCUGUCAUUGACUAUUGGAGUUCUGCACGGGUCGGUGCUGGGGCCGUCACUCGUCACGGUGUAUAUUAAUGGUUUGGACGCGGGGAUUGAAGGCUUUGUGGCCAGGUUUGUGGAUGAUACGAAAAAAGGUGGAGUGGCAUUUAGUGUAGAGAUUGCUGGGACUCUGCAGAAUGACUUAGACAGGUCGGGAGAGUGGACAGAGAAGUGGCAGAUGGAAUAUAGUAACGCAAAGUGUGGAGACAUGCAUUUUGGAAGCAGGAAUAAACAUGUAACCAUAUAACCAUAUAACCAUAUAACAAUUACAGCACGGAAACAGGCCAUCUCGACCCUUCUAGUCCGUGCCGAACACAUAAUCUCCCCUAGUCCCAUAUACCUGCGCUCAGACCAUAACCCUCCAUUCCCUUCCCAUCCAUAUAACUAUCCAAUUUAUUUUUAAAUGAUAAAAACGAACCUGCCUCCACCACCUUCACUGGAAGCUCAUUCCACACAGCUACCACUCUCUGAGUAAAGAGGUAGACUAUUUUCUAAAGGUAGAGAUGGUUAAGAUAGCGGAGGUACUAAGGGACUUGGGAGUGCUGGUGAAAGAUUCCCAAAAAGUUAAUCAUCGUCGAAUUGGUAGUAGAGAAAACAAACUCAAUGCUAACAUUUAUUUCACGAAGGCGUGUAUACAAAAAUAGGAAUGGAAUGCUAAAGUUCUAUAAGAUGCUGGUCAAAUCGUGUUUGGAAUAUUGUGAGCAAUUUUAGGCACCAUAUCUGAGGAAGGAUGUGCCGGCGCUGGAGAGUUUCCAGAGGAGGUUUACAAGAAUGAUUCCAGAAAUGAGUGUGGUAACAUGUGAUGAGCGUUUGUCAGCACUAAUCCUGUACUCGCUGGAGCUUAGAAGAAUUUAGAAGAGUUUUGCCAACCUGCUAUCUAUGUUAGUAUUUGGCCUUUUUAUACCAUGAGUUCUCAUCUUCCUCAGCAGACUCACGUCUGGCACCUUAUAUAGGGCUUCCUGAAAAUCUAGGUAAACAACAUUCACUGAUUAUCCUUUGUCUGCAGAUUUGUCAGGCAAGAUAUCUCCUUCGCAAUGCCAUGAUGACUUUGCCACAUUUGAUCAUGAGGUUCUAAGUACUCCGUAACCUCAUCCUUUGUAUUGUACUCUAAAAUCGUUCCAACUACUGGUCAGACUAACCGGCCUGUAUUUUCCACUCUUCUGCUUUUCUCCCUUCUUGGACAAUGGGGUAUUAUUCCACUCGGCUGGAACCACUCCUGACUAGUGAUUUUUUUAAAUAUUACUAUUAAUGCCUCCACAGUCUCUGAAGCCACCUCAUUCAGACACUGGGGUGCAGUACAUCUAAUCAGGUGAGAUCUAACUUUAGUCCAUUCUGCUUCCCAAGCACCUUCUCCUUAGUUUAGCUACUCCACCAACUUCCACCCCAUGACUCUCUUGAAGUUCAGGCACUUUGCUGUGUGCAGACUGAUGCAAAAAUGUCAUUCAAUUCGUCUGCCAUUUCUUUAUUCUAAAUUAUCACUUCUGCAUUAUUUUCCAGCUGUCCAUCGUCCAAUCGUCCAACCUUUUUUUACUCGUUAUGUAUCUGAAGAAACUCUUGCGAUCUUCUUUUGGCGAGCUUACGUUCAUAUUGUUGUUUUCCUCCAUAUGGCCUUUUUAGCUACCCUCUUAUGUUCUCUAAAAGUUUUCCCAAUUCCUCUGGCUUCCCAUUGAUCUUUCCCACACAUUAUCUUUUAGUUUGAUGCUGUCCUUGGCUUCCCUUGUCACCAACCAUCUCCUCAUUCUCUCCCUAGAAUCUUUAUUCCUCUUUGGAAUGAAAAGAUCCUGCAUCUUCUGAAUUAUUCCCAGAAAUUCCUGCCAUUGCUCUUCCACCUUCAUUGCUGCUACGUCCCUUUCCUCUCAACUUUGGCCAGCUCUUCCCUCAUGUCUCUGUAAUCCCCUUCACUCAGCUGUAAUACCGGCAUUACAUAUUUCACCAUUCCCUUUCAAAUUGCAAGUUGAAUCUUAUUAUAUUGUGGUCACUACCUCCUAGUGGUUCUUUUACCGUGAGCCCGCUUAUUAAAUCCAAUUCAUUACACAACACUAAAUCCAGAAUUGCCUUUUCCCUUGUUGGCUCCACUUCAAGUUGAUCCAAGAAACCAUUUCAGAAGCACUCUACGAAUUUCCUCUCUUGGGUUCUAGUACCAAUCUGACUUUCCCAGUCUACCUGCAUAUUGAAAUCUCUCAUGACCACCUAUCGUAGCAUUGCCUUUCUUACAUGCGGAUUGUAUCACCUUAUGUAACUUGUACCCUAUAUCCUGGCUUCUGUUUGGAGGCCUGUAAUUAACUCCCAUUAGGGUAUAUUUUACACUUGUAAUUUCUCAACUCUAUCCACAAUGACUCUCCGUCUGAUUCUAUAUCACUCCUUGCUAACGACUGAAUCUAAUUCCUUACCAGCAGAACUACCCCAAGCUGUCUGUCUUUCUGAUGGGACCUGUAACCUUGACUAUUCAGCUCUGAGCUCCGGUCAUUUCUUUCAGCCACAUAUUUGUAAUGCCCACAACUUCAUACCCAACAAUUUCUAACUGUGCUCCAAGCUCAUCCACUUUGUUCCUUACUACUACGUGCAUUCAUAUACAACACCUUUAAUUUGGUGUUCACCUCUCCUCCUCUCGCACCGGCCACCAUUUUACCGGACUCUCUUAUCCCUUCUUAAACUUUACGUCCUA